GACUUUUAUCUUGACGAGUGUGUUCACAAACAUUUUGCGGAAGUUGUUUUGGUGUAUUUCCGUAGCAAAAGACAAAAAUGGCAGAACGAGGAUACAGUUUUUCUCUCACAACAUUUAGCCCUUCUGGCAAACUGGUGCAGAUUGAAUAUGCUCUGUCCGCUGUAGCAGCCGGUGCUCCAUCUGUAGGAAUCAAAGCAUCAAAUGGAGUUGUGCUGGCAACUGAGAAGAAACAGAAGUCCAUAUUGUACGAUGAACAGAGCGUGCACAAAGUUGAACCAAUAACCAAACACAUCGGCAUGGUGUACAGUGGAAUGGGUCCUGACUACAGGGUGCUGGUCAGAAGAGCAAGAAAGCUGGCUCAGCAGUAUUUCCUGGUAUACCAAGAGCCAAUCCCCACAGGCCAGCUGGUACAGAGAGUGGCUUCUGUUAUGCAAGAAUACACACAGUCUGGAGGUGUGCGCCCAUUUGGAGUCUCUCUUCUCAUUGCCGGUUGGGACGAGGACCGACCAUACUUGUUUCAGUCAGACCCAUCGGGAGCAUACUUCGCCUGGAAAGCCACAGCAAUGGGAAAGAACUAUGUGAAUGGAAAAACGUUCCUUGAAAAAAGAUAUAAUGAAGAUCUGGAGCUUGAAGAUGCUAUACACACCGCCAUCUUAACUUUGAAGGAAAGUUUUGAAGGGCAGAUGACAGAGGACAAUAUUGAGGUGGGCAUCUGUAAUGAAGCAGGAUUUCGCAGACUGUCACCUGCUGAGGUGAAGGAUUACCUAGCAGCAAUUGUUUAAAAACUACAGCACUACAACUGCUUACAGUUUACCAUUUCGGUUUGGUUGUUUGUUUAAAUGCUGCAUUUUUAUUAUUUGUACAUCUGUGUAACUGAUUUCUUUAUAAAAGGAUGUAUAUUAUCAA